AAGAAAAAAUGUUUCAGCUUUUGCUAGAUGUAGGUCCUCAUUGCCAUUGUCUUUACGCAGUCUUGGUUCUUGCUGCCCUGGUAUUUCUUGCGAGUCAGUUGUGGAAGAUGCUGCAGCAGCUUAAUCACGAAUCCAGGGCUGAUAUUCCUCCGGGUCGUCUAGGAUUGCCUUUUAUUGGGGAGACUAUCCAGUUUAUGGCUGCCAUCAACAGUGGCAAAGGCUUCUAUGACUUUGUCCGAGUUCGCAGUCUCAGAUAUGGGAACUGCUUCAAAACCACUGUUUUUCUCUUGUUUUUUGUGCUCAUCAUUGAUCCGAGCUUUGAGGAAGGAAUUGAGUUUCCAUGGACUCAGGGAGUGGAGAGUUACACACCUGAGACUGCGAACCCGGACAAAGUCAUAGAAGCCUUUGCCACUGUUGGAGGCAGCCAUAAACUGGAUGGUCUCCCCAAUAAAAGUGCAAUCACUUGGAUGGUCAAGUAUCUGGAGGAGAAUGAGGAUGUCCUUGAUGCAAUUAAGAGCAGGCUGAGCAGCUUCACCUCUUGGGAAAAAUCUUUGAAAAAGUUAUUUCUUACCCUGGAUGAUCUUAACGAAAUGCCCUAUGGUUCUAAGGUAAACAAAGAAUCACUGAGAAUGGCAUCUGUUGUACCAUGGUUUCCAAGACUUGUACUUCAAGAUUGUGAGAUUAAAGGAUACAAGAUGAAGAAAGGAUGGACUGUCAACAUUGAUGUUACAUCAAUACACCUUGAUCCAAUGGUCUACAGUGAACCCAACAGUUUCGAUCCUUCAAGGUUCGAUGAUAAAUCUAAGCCAUACAGCUUCCUAGCAUUUGGAAUGGGAACAAGGACUUGCCUGGGGAUGAACAUGGCCAAAGCUAUGAUGCUCGUCUUUCUCCACCGUCUUCUCACAACUUACAAGUGGAAGGUGCUAGACCCGGAUUCAAGUAUUGAUAAGUGGGCACUCUUUUCGAGACUAAGGAGUGGUUGUCCUGUGCACGUGACACGUCUUUAG